AUGACAACACCAAAUCGUUCAUCAACAUCUGAAGAUGUCUAUGGUGAGAAAUGGGAUCGAUGUGUGACUGAUACAAUUGUUAAAACAGCAUCUGGUCUUGCUUUGGGUAUUGUUUUUUCUGCUGUUCUCUUCAAACGUCGCCCAUGGCCUGUCUUCUUGGGUACAGGAAUAGGUUUAGGAAUGGGUUAUAGUAAUUGUCAAAAUGAUUUUCGUUCACCAUAUGUUCAUCCUCAACCAUUAUCACUAACCAGGACUGAUGAACAAUUAUUGAAAAAGCCAUCAAAUAGUUGA